AUGGCGCUCAACUACAUCACCUUCAACCAGGACCACAGCUUCCUGGCGGUCGCGACCACGGAUGGCAUGCGCGUCUACUCGACCAACCCCUUCGCCCUCGUCUUCCAAACCCCUCUUACCGAAAAUGGCGCGUCCGGCGAUAUUGCAAUCCUCGAGAUGCUCUUCUCAACCUCGCUGGUCGCCAUGGUCCUGUCACCGCGACUCCUGCGCAUAGUCAAUACAAAACGCCAGACCACCGUCUGCGAGCUCACCUUUCCUGCCAGAGUCGGUGCUGUCAGACUGAAUCGCAAGCGGCUCCUCGUCGUCAUGGACGACCUCAUGUUCGUCUAUGAUGUGUCGUCCAUGAAAGUCCUCAAGGAAAUCGUCACUCCCUCGAAUCCUUACGCCAUCUGCGCCCUGUCUCCCGACUCGACAAACAAUUACAUUGCAUAUCCCAUGCGCAAAAAAGAAUACACUUCGCAACCUGCUCCAAAUCACGUACCUCCGUCUGGCCCUCGAGUUACAGAACCAAUGAGUGGAGAGGUCAUGCUCUACAAUGCUAAUGACAUGCAAGAAGUAAAGGUCAUUACUGCCCAUCAGACUCCUCUGUCAUGUAUAGCAAUGAACAAGGAAGGUACACUGUUAGCUACCGCUUCGGAAAAGGGCACUGUCAUCAGGGUAUUUGCCAUUCCCUCGGCUCAGAAGGUCUACCAAUUUCGCAGGGGCAGUAUGCCAGCUCGCAUUCACUGCAUGUCAUUCAAUGAAGCAAGCACAUUAUUGUGCGUUUCUAGCGCUACCGAGACCAUUCACAUCUUCCGCCUCUCUGCCGACAAUGCCGUACCAGAUUCAGGACUAGAAGCACCUUCUGAUGCUCCUACAACGCCGCAACGCUACCAACGGCAACGUAGCGAAAGUCCUUACGACUCGUCUGAUCCCUCGUCAAGUUCCAUCCUUGGCGAUUCUCCCGCAGAUCCAUCUGCUAAACCGCUGCGAUCUCCAGGUUGGAUGUCUAUGAUGCGGCGAACCUCUCAGAACGUCUCCACAACAUUAGUAUCGCGUGCUGCAGGAUACUUGCCCAAUGCCGUUACCGAGAUCUGGGAGCCAGCUCGAGACUUUGCCUGGGUCAAGAUACCCAAGGGCCGCAAUGGUGUGCCUGUCAAAAGCGUUGUCGCCAUGGGCGAGGCAGCUCCCGAGGUCAUGGUCGCCACUAGCGAAGGCGACUUUUUGAUAUACAACAUUGACCUAGAGAACGGCGGCGAAGGGCGACUAGUCAGACAACAUUCCGUGCGGGAACGCAGUGAGACACAUAGUGGUUUCAACACCGAUUAG